AACAAUAUUCUCAGCAUUUGCUCUUCACUAGAUCUACUAGAUCAUCUGAGAGAUUCGACUGAAUCAAGAUGCUGCUGAUCAUUGAAGCUCUUCUGCUCAUUUUAGCUGCUCUAGGACAGGAUCACAGAGCUGCUGCUGUUUCAGAACAGAUAUUUCCACUGGAUAUGGCACCGAAUUCAGUUGAUGACCAAUAUAUCAGCUGUAAGGGGAAAAUGGCACAUCUGGUGAAGACAAAAUAUCUAGAGAAGGAAAUGAAAAACUCAGCUAAAUUCAAAUAUUAUUGGCAAAACAGUGAAAAGUUUGUCAAGUUUCCAAAAGAUCAUUUAACAAGGAAUCAUUUAGUCGCUCUUCAUGUGUACACCGGUAAAUAUAUAUAUCGUCAGUUUAACGAUGACACUCGUUACGGUAGAAAACAGUACAAACACAAGACAUUCUCAUGGUAUUCACUUCACUUUCUGUUAACGGAAGCGAUACAGAUUCUGAAGAAAACACAAAAUAAAUGCUAUUUAACGUAUCGUGGUACUACAGCUAAUUUUGAUAAGUAUGUUCUGAACAAAGAGAUUCGUUUCGGCUCAUUUACGUCUUCCUCUCUCAAUCUUAAAGUAACGCAAGGUUUUGGAACUAAAUCUUGUUUUGAAAUCAUAACUUGUGAAAGUGCUGAGCUGACAAAAUAUUCUCAGUAUCCUUACAUAAAAGAGGUGCUGAUUCCUCCAUAUGAGAAGUUUAGAGUCACUGCUGUCAGGACAAAACAAUAUUAUAAAGAUCUCUGGUGUGACACCGUUUUCACUUUGAAAAGCUCUGGAAGAACAAGUUACAUGAACUGUGCUCUGUUCAAGAAACAGUAAAAACAUGUGUUGCAUUGAAAAAAAGGUGUUCUGAAUUGACUUGAUUUAAUCAUCAGUUCCAUACAAAUUGAUAUCACUUUUUUUC